CGCAGCCUGUGUUAUAUUAUCUAAACCUGCAGCCAGUCUUUGGGUUGCAGCUGAUAAGAUUAAUGAAUGGGGGGGGGGAGAGACAAACUCACAGUGAUCUCGUUGGCGCGGUGCUGCCCUCUCCUGGCCGCUGGCAAAACGGCACUUCUGGCAGUUCGCUGCUGUACUGAAAUAACUGCGCUCCUUCCUCUGGUGAUACAUUUCUGUCUGUCAGAGCUGUGCCCGUCCAGUCUUGGAAGGAGAGCGGAGGAGCUCUUUGAGGGAGACACAAAGGCACUAAGGAACCAAACGGCUGGCUGGCUGCAGGAUUUGGUCGACGAGAUUAUUUUUGUGAGAUAUGAGUCAGCGUAACACCACAUUCAAGCUUGCCAGCUAGAGGUGUGUGAUCUGGAGGGAGAGAAAAAAAGACCAUGGAGCUGUCAGAUGGCUUGUUGCUGCAGGUGAACAAUGGAGAGCAGUGGUGUAACCGCUGGAAACACCCCAACGAUGACUCGGACCGCAGCACCAGCCCCUCAGUUCUGCGCUGUGUUGCCAGCACAUGGAAGGAGGGCCUGCUGAACAGGAAGAGGCCCUUUGUGGGCCGUUGCUGUCACUCCUGUACACCACAGAGCUGGGAGAAACUGUUCAACCCCAGUAUUCCAUCUCUGGGACUACGCAACGUCAUCUACAUUAAUGAGACCCACACAAGACAGCGGGGAUGGCUGGCGCGCAGGCUGAGUUAUGUGCUGUUUGUCAUGGAGAGAGAUGUCAACAAGGACAUGUUCACCAGGAACGUAGUCGACAAUGUGCUCAACAACAGCAGGGUGGAGAGUUCUAUUGUGGAGGUAGCCACAGAUUUGGACGCUGCAGCCAGCCAGCCGGGCCAGGAGCACAAAGCAAUCAGUAAAGUGAAGCAGAAAGCCAGGGCCUUCCUGCAGGAGAUGGUGGCCAACAUUUCACCGGCCUUUAUCAGGUUGACAGGGUGGGUCCUCCUGAGGCUCUUUAAUGGUUUCUUCUGGAGCAUCCAGAUCCACAAGGGUCAGCUGGAAAUGGUCAAGAAAGCUGCUACAGAGCAAAAUAUGCCGAUGGUCUUCCUCCCGGUUCACAAAUCCCACAUUGACUACCUGCUCAUCACCUUGAUCCUGUUCUGUCACAACAUCAAAGCCCCUCACAUUGCUGCUGGAAACAACCUCAGCAUUCCCAUCCUCAGCACCCUUAUCCGUAAACUUGGUGGAUUUUUCAUACGCCGGAAAAUGGAGGAAACAGGGGAUGGAAAGAAAGACAUUUUGUACAGAUCACUCUUACAUGCAUACACAGAGGAGUUGUUGCGUCAGCAUCAGUUUUUGGAGGUCUACCUGGAGGGUACCCGCUCCCGCAGCGGUAAGCCGUCUACCGCGCGUGCAGGCAUGUUGUCCAUCGUGGUCGACACAAUGUGCACCGGGUCGAUCGCCGACGUUCUGGUGGUUCCAGUUGGCAUCUCUUAUGAUCGUAUUCUUGAAGGCAACUACAAUAGUGAGCAGCUGGGCAAACCUAAGCAAAAUGAGAGUUUGUGGGGAAUAGCAUGUGGAGUGUUCAGGAUGCUGAGGAAGAACUAUGGUUGUGUCCGAGUUGACUUCAAUCAGCCCUUCUCCCUAAAGGAGUACCUGGACUCUCAGAGAAACCGUCAUAUUCCACCGUCGGUGUCCCUGGAGCACACCUUGAUGCCCAUCAUUAUUUCUGCACAACCUGAUGCUCAGCUGUUUGAAGGGCAGGAAGAGGAGCAGCUGAACAGAGAGCUGCCCAAUGACAUUUUAAGACGACAACUAAUUAACAACCUCGCCAAGCACGUUCUCUUCACGGCUAAUAAGUCAUCAGCAAUUAUGUCCACCCACAUUGUAGCCUGUCUGCUGCUGUACAGACACAGACAGGGGGUGGUGCUGUCCAAGCUGGUGGAAGACUUCUUCAACAUGAAGGAGGAGAUCCUGUCACGGGACUUUGAUCUGGGCUUUUCGGGGAACUCUGAGGAUGUGGUCAUGCGUGCCCUCCACCUGCUGGGAAACUGCGUCAAUGUGACCAGCAGUGCAAAUCGCAAUGGAGAGUUCACCAUCGCACCCAGCCAAACUGUACCAGCGCUUUUCGAGCUCAACUUUUACAGCAAUGGCCUUUUCCAUGUCUUCAUUUCUGAUGCAAUCAUUGCCUGCAGCAUCCUGUCGCUGCAGCGAGAGCUGGUCGCGGAAUCGGAGUCUGACCAACCGCCUGAUGGUCCCAGCAGCCUCCCUCUCAGUCAGGAGAGACUCAUCCGCAAGGCCGCCGGGCUCUCUCACUUUCUUAUUAAUGAGGUGGCAGUAGCACCACCCUGUCAGACUAUUUACCAGGUGUUUCAUGAUGCAGUGAGCCGGCUGAUUCAAUAUGGAGUUCUCUACGUAGCAGAGGAGGACCAGGAAGAACUGAGUCCCAGUCCCACAGAGGAACCUUGGCCCAAAAAGUUCCCAGAGCCCCUUUCCUGGAGAAGCGACGAGGAGGACGAGGACAGUGACUUUGGAGAGGAGCAGAGAGAUCGCUACCUAAAGGUGAGCGUUUCCGCAGAGCACCAGGAGUUCUUCGUCUUCCUACAGCGACUUGUCAGCCCGGUGCUGGAGGCCUACAGCGGCGCUGCAAUCUUUGUCCACAGUCUGAGUCAGCCUAUGGCUGAGUCCGAGUACACCCAGAGGCUCUUCAGAUACCUGCUCACCCGCACAGAGAGAGGAGUGGCUGCUUAUGGUGAAAGUGCAAUUUAUUACCUGGUUAAGAACACAGUGAAGACAUUCAAAGAGCUUGGGGUCCUGAAGCAGAGAAGAGAGAACCAGGUGACGACUCUGGAGCUGAGCAGCACUUUUCUACCUCAGGCCAAUCGGAACAAACUCCUGCAGUACAUCUUAGGUUUCGCCCUGCUGUGACCGACACGCCCAGCUCAGACCCCAGGCUCCUUCCAAUAAAGGGCUUCUACUGGUUACUUCUAAACAAUCCCAGGUGCUACUCUGUGGAAAGCUUUACCAGGAAGUGCCUUCAUGUAACAGCCGCUAACUGUUAGCUGUUAGCCGGAAGAGACUUGAAGCCAUUCUUCCCUUUUUGUUCCAGUCUCUGACUUCCUGUCUCAGAACUGUGCAGCUGAUAAAACACAUGUAUCGUUCUUUGAAGAGGUACCUCUAGGGAUCAUCCUCUCUUGGUGAACUUUGCCAGUGAAGUCAUGAGGUUUUAAUAUGAUCAAAAUUUUAAACUUAAUCAGAAAAUAUACUCAAGCAGGUUAGUAAAUAGGAAUCACUUUGACAGCAAUCCAAACAAAGCAAGCUGCCUUUUAGUCUAUUCAAGUAAACAAGCAAAAUAUGCAUAGAAGAUAAUGGUAAACAUAAACAAGCAAAGGCGUUUUUUAUGUUAACUCUGCUUGUUGGUAAAACUGCUGUAUUCUCUCCAGUGCACUGCACUAUCAUACAGUAGAAGACAUGUUAAAAUAUAGUUUGAUGUACAUAGGCCACAAGAGUAAGAGUCUCUCAUUUGUUGUGCAUUUAAAUACAUGCACACUGAUGUCAUCAACUUUAAUGAUGUAGGAACAUUAGAUAGAAAGAGUUGUCUCUGCAAAAUGCGUACAUAUCCAAAUUUGAAUUUGCUCAAUCAAAUGUUGAAAUCUAAUCCUCCUUUAUAGAUAGCUUUAAGCAAUUAUACUCCACAGUUACUGGUUUAAGGUAUCAAAGACAUAAGCAGCAAAUCAGUUCAGCUGUGCAAAAAUAUCUCCUUGGCAAACACAAAAUGUACCUGUUGAAAGUACAGUGCAGUUGAAGCCUAAAAUCGCAAACAUCUCAAGUUAAGUGCAUUCAGUUACACUUUUCGUCAUGGGUUUUUGAUGAAAAGUAACUUUGAUCUCUUUGCAUAACAGCUGUUUCACCUGUUGAUCAAUGGUACAUAGCAGAGCACUUAGCUUACUUAAUGCCAGCCAUCACAUCCACUUAGGUUCAAAUGCAACAAACUCAGAAACUCUUAGGUCACGCCUUUCAGGGAAAGCAGAGAUUUGGGUUCACUACCACUUUUUCCUAUAUAUUUACUUUAUAAAAGCUGUUAUAGCAUAACUGCUGAGAGAGAGUAGUUUUGCUCUAAUGGAUGGGCAUCUGCAAAACAAAGGACCUGCAUAGUGUGGUUAAAAAAUGAAUGGUACAUAUCCACUGUGUAGUGCAUUAAAACAAAAGAUAAUGUCUCUAAAUGUUAGCAAGAUAGUGUCUCUGUUGUACUGGUGAAGAAAGGAGAGGACGUAAUUCUCCUUUGUAUACUUUUAAGUGCAGAUUACUGAAAAUGAAAUAAUAGCCCUUAACGGUCAGGUUUAUUUAUUCUUUAUUUUUCUUGGUUCAGUCUUCACUUCAAACUCCCUUUCAUGAAAUUACAGUCUGAACAUGUUCUAUAAACACACUUAAAGCAAGUAGUCCUUUCAGGUUGUGUUCCAAAAUGCACAGUAAAAACUCUGUGGUAACAGAAUAUUGAUCCUGAAAAUCAAAAGCGGACCCAAAAAUCAGAAGAAAAAAAAAAUCUCAGUGCACUCUUCUUGUGCAUUUAGCUGAUUAACAUGUAUCAUUUUUACUGCAAAAUAACACAGAUUCAAUAUUGAGACCUUUUCCUACGUGUGUUAUUCAAAUUCUGAAGACAUUUAGCAUUGAACAUAAAUGUACAACAUCUAAGUUAAUGUUGGUGUUUAAGUGCACAUCAACUGAUGGAGAAAAAAAUAGAAGGAAUGUGUUUGGAAAGGGCAAAAAAAAAAAGUUUUAUACAUUUUCUGGAUUAUUAGAGGAGAUGCUAACAACAUUUUCUCAGAUUGAUAAUGUGAAGAAGACAAUGUGAAUGUUAUAAAUCAACAUUCUUGAUCUGGCAGGGCAAUACAAGUAAAUGGGCAUUGGGUGUCUGGUGGUAAACAUCUAUGUCAAUAUUUAUACUGAGACUUGUUGACAGUGAUCAACAACACUGCUUGUUACAAUUAACUUAAAUGCUUUUUGUCAACAUAUUGCUUAAUUUAAUACUAUAGACCUGCAUAUGUUCAUGCAGUCUUUAAAAUCUGUGUACAACAAUAACCCUGAAAUGGAAACUUGUGGAGGAUCGGUGAACUGUUGAACCGCAGCAUGUUGAAGAACAGAAAUGUAUGUCAUGUGAAUGUGAUAAAAGUGAUUUUGAUUUACAUUCAAAGCAUUUCUGAGCCCACAAUCUGUUCAAGUCGCCAUGCUGAGGGACCCCCUCCGCCAAGAUGAAAAAAAAAAAAA